GUAAGUUGUUACUUGUAUAAUUAAAUUCUAUUUCCGGAUCUAACAUGUAAAACAGGACCCCUAGUCGGUGGUCUCAACCUGCAAAAAAAUAUACAAGUCUUCUCGAAUCCAAAUUUUUAAAUCCAUCAAAUUACCCCAUUAAUGAGACCCACGAGUAAUAGUCAAUAGUAAUUAUAGAUAAAUUAAAUAUGACUAAAUCACCUAAUAAUAUUAAAUUAAUUGGAGGGAAUUCUCAUCCUCAAUUAUGUCAACUGGUAGCCACUAAAUUAGGAAUGCCAUUAGCACGAGUUGGAGCAUUUCAAUAUACAAAUCUGGAAACAGCCGUAGCAGUUGGAGAAUCAGUUAGAGAUGAAGAUGUUUAUAUAAUUCAAACAUGUUGUGAUGAAAGUAAAAUAAAUCAAUAUUUAAUGGAACUUUUAAUAACUAUAAAUGCAUGUAAAAUUGCUAGUGCUAGAAGAGUUAGUGUAGUAAUUCCCAAUUAUUUUUAUGCUAGACAAGAUAAGAAAGAUAAAUCUCGAGCUCCAAUAACGGCUAAAUUAAUUGCAAAUUUAUUACAAACUGCAGGAUGUGAUCAUGUAAUAACCAUGGAUUUACAUGCCUCUCAAAUUCAAGGAUUCUUUAGAGUUCCAGUUGAUAAUCUUUAUGCUGAACCAUCAGUUUUAAGAUAUAUAACUGAACAAUUUGAAAGGAAAGAUUUAAUUAUUGUAUCACCUGAUGCAGGAGGAGCUAAAAGAGUAGCAUCAAUAGCAGAUAAAUUAGAUGUAAAUUUUGCAUUAAUUCAUAAAGAACGUCAAAAGGCAAAUGAAAUUUCAAGAAUGGUAUUAGUUGGAGAUGUUAGUAAUAAAAUUUGUGUAUUAAUUGAUGAUAUGGCCGAUACUUGUGGAACUUUAUGUAAAGCCGCAGAAAUUUUAAUUGAAAAUGGUGCAAGUAAAGUAGUGGCGAUGGUAACUCAUGGAGUAUUUUCAUCUAAUGCUAUAGAAAAAUUAAAUAAUUCCAAAUUAGAUCGAGUUAUUUGUACAAAUUCUUUACCAUUAAAGGAUAAGGCUGCGGCUUGUCCUAAACUAGAAGUUAUAGAUAUAAGUCCUACUAUCGCUGAGGCUAUUAGGAGAUUACAUAAUGGUGAGAGUGUUAGUUAUUUAUUUAAUAAUGUACCUGAAUAGAUAAUAUGCUAUAUGCUGUAUGCAAUACUAUACUAUACUAUAUAAUAUACAUACUAUA